GAAGGUGGAGGCAGUUAUUGAGCAGCUAAAACGGCAGCUGGAAUUCGCUCUUAGUGGCGUGUGUGAGCUCGCGAACCUGCCCUGUCCGUGAAAUUCCGAAGUAAGGGCGCGGCGUUUACGACAUUUUACGACUUGCUGAGCUGUGAUCAGGACAAGGAAGAGCUAUUCAUUCAUUCUAAGUAGGAAACGUGGUGGGUCAGCGAGCUCAUGAUGAAGGGUUUAUAUUAUCAGCUAAAUGCCACUGCACUUGAGGACAUGUUUUUCCUCCAGGAAAUGGAUAAUGUCUCACCUCCCAGCGACUAUCAUGUCAAACUUCAAGUGAAAGCUUGCGCAUUGAGCCCUAUUAAUACAAAGCUUGUAUCAGAAGUGAUGUUGGAAAAAGAAUCUGUGCCAGUGGGAAGAGAGGUAGCCGGAGUAAUAAUGGAAGUUGGAUCCAAGGUAUCCUUUUUUCAGCAAGAUGAUGAAGUGGUGGGCAUUUUACCAUUGGACUCCCAAGAGUCUGGGCUCUCUGAAGUACUCUGGAUUCAUGAGCAUAACUUGGUACUCAAACCAGAGAAGAUUAGCUGGGUGGAGGCUGCGGGCGCAGUUCGUGAUGGAUUGAGUGCGUACAUUGCUCUCCAUUUUCUUGCCCACCUGGGGCCUGGGAAAUCUGUGUUAAUAAUGGACGGAGCAAGUCCGUUUGGGGCCCUUGCUGUGCAGUUAUCUCAGCAUAUCGGAGCGAUGGUAAUUGCUACAGCUUAUAACGAUGAGGAUAAACAGUACUUGGAGAAACUUAAGCCAUCUCUAGCUCGUGUCCUAGAUUUGUCUAAAAGCAAAGUGGAUCUUGCAGAGGCCUGCCUUGAAGAGACUGGUGGCUUGGGUGUAGACAUAGUCAUCGAUGCUGGAGUGAUUCUCUAUAAAAAUGAGAAUUCUAUCACCAAACCCCAGCCUCUUCCACACAAACACGAUAUCAUCACCCUUCUCUCGGUGGGAAGUCACUGGGUCACCAGAGAAGAAAAUCUACAGCUGGACCCACCAGACAGUCAUUCUCUCUUCCUUAAAGGAGCAACGGUUUCUUUCCUCAACGAUGAAAUCUGGAAUCUGUCUAACGCACAGCAAGGAAAGUAUCUACAUAUCCUAAAAGAUGUGAUGGAAAAACUAUCAAACGGAAUCCUCAGGCCUCAGUUGGAUGAACCCGUUCCUUUGUAUGAAGCGAAGGUUGUCAUGGAAAUGGUUCAGAAGAAUGAAACGAGAAAAAAGCAGGUUGUUCAAUUGUGAACCAUGGCAAAGGGCAUUAAAUAUACAGCCAUAAGGCAGGUGAAGUCCAAGCCAAGCAGACCUUUGCCUGUUUAAGCUAUGAGACCUAGCUGCAUCAUGGGAUUUUAAAAAGAUAAAGAAGGAAUGACUAAUGCCUAUUAGUCCUUGAAGCAAUCUUGCCAGUGUGAUCCAGGAGGAAACGACUUACAAACUCGGGCUUGCAUUAUGAUUUCUGUUUGCUAGUGUGAUCUGUGAGCACAGUUAUGUUGCCCCACUUUCUGUGAACUUAAACAAAGAACCUUUUUAUGUGUUACUAGUGCCCUAACAUAUGUGUUUGCUUGGUGCUUUUUGUGAAAGAUUAUUUUGAAAACUUUCAUGGUCACUGGCUGACAUUUUCACUAAACACCAAAUUGUAGUGAAUUGAAAAUAUUUACACUUUAAGUAGGUCUGUAACCUCAAACUUAUAGAUUUUCCAAUGUUUCCUAUUCUCUUCGUAUUUCAGAAUCUGUUCUUCUUUUCUGAUCUAGUUAUUUUUAAAACGCAAGACAAAGAUGGGACUGCUUUGUCUUAUAUAUUUUUCCUACAUUUGGCAAUCUGGACAAAAGGCAGUGCUUAAGGCAUUCUUCGCUCAUUGUUCGCUCGUGAAGCGAAGUGAAGCUUGCCUUUAGCUCAGUUCUUUGUCAAGAUUGCCAAAUGUAGGAAAAAUAUAUAAGACAAAGUAGUCCCUUUUUUGUCUUAUGUUUUGAAGAGAACUAGAUACUGAAACCAGGAGAGAAGAAGGAAAACAAUAUGAAAAAGGUAAGUGGUGACAAAGCCAGUUGAAAUGGGCAAAACAUUGUUUAUGUAAUAUAUGAUGAAAAGCUUUGAAAUUCCAUUUCAUUCCAACCCCAAAAUAAAAGCAAGAUUAAAAGCUUGCUAAAGUGCUUUGCUUUUCUCUUUCUUUUCAAAAUAAAUUGUUGCUUUUAUAUAUCUCACUAGUUACACCUUUGCAGUUAUCAAUAACACAGCCAGGAUCUCCUUCUGAAUAUCUUGUCCUGAGCAUGCCUGCGUUUAGCCUACUUGAUCAGCUGUAAUACAACUCAUUGACUUUUCAUUCAGAUUUUUUUUUUUUCCUUUUUGAUUACGUUGACCGUAAAGUCUAAAUUCCCUUUUGAAUGCUCACGUUGGUAAAUAACCCUGUGUGAGCACCCAGCCAAGGACAGCCUGUACAAUGAGCGUGAGUUAAGCCUG